UUGUAUAACUGACCGGUCCCAUUCUUGUUAUCCUUAUCUGAUUCUCUAGGGUCGGGCAAGAACAACAUGUGUCAGUGGAUCGGCUCAAAUCAAAAUAUAGAUUUUUAAAAAAAUUAUAUUUUGGUACUCCAAAUUAUUUUUUCUUAUAAUUUGAUAAAUAAAUUAUAUAUUUUUUACAAAUAGGUCCAAAAAACUUGAUGGCAAAAUUAAGUUUUAGUACCUUUAUUUUUUUUACCUUGCAAUACAGUACCUAAACUUUUAAAACUUUACAAAUUUGUCCCACGUGUUAGCAUGAGGAAUUCAUAUCAAUAAUUGUUGGUAGGAUCACAAGGUCAAACGUGACCCGUCUCGACCCUCAGGGACGGGUUAGUGGGUCUUGAUGGUCAAACUUACAUCCCUAACUGUAGUAGCCAAUCGAACUUGGCAAGUUUGGCUCUCAUUUUAAUUUUGGGUAAAUACAAAAUAUUAGCCACAACUUUUUAAGUGUUCAAAUUAUUAGUCACAACUAUCGAAAUUAACAAUGCUGAGUUGGCUUCCCACGUGCAUCAAAUAAUUAAGCAAAUGGAAAAAAAGAGAAUAAAGAAAUACCCCAAAUCCCCUCCGUCUCUGCCGACCAUUUCAGCCACCUUCACAGUCGAGAUUCCAUCUCUGCCUAAAAAAUACCCCAAAUCGACCGAUGACACCUUCCUCAUCGAAUCCGCCUUCUCCCCUAUCUACCACAACUACCUCCAAUCUUCCUCCAAUAUCUUCUUCCUAAAAAAUAUGACUUUUGAUUACAAUCUGGACGACAAUAGCUACCAGGUGGGAGACAGACCAACAAUGGAGUCGGUUAUUGUGCAUAACAAGAGACAUUGAAAGAUCGUCAAAACUCAAACCGGUGACCAUGAAUGUUAAAGUGGAUCGACAAGUUUUAGAGGAAGUUAUCAUCAUCAUCAAGUUUAGGUUAUUGUCAAUGUUUAGACUUUAGUAUGAGUUGUUAGACCAUCUCCAACAAUUAGCCUAAAAAGCCAAAAAAGCUAAAAGAGUUCCUCCAACAAUCAAUGGGAAAAUCCAAAUAGCCAAAAAGCCAAAUUUUUUUGGCUAAAAACCCAUUGGAAGAAUACAAGAAAAGUUAGAAAUGUGGUGGGAGGCGGGCCCUCCUUUCUUCCAGACAGGCAACGCGCGCACUGAACCGGAGCCAAUCCAUGGCGGGCGUUUAGCGCAAAAAUCCCCCUGCGUGUGAGCCAGCUUUAUUCCCGUUAGAAUUGUGUUAAAAAAUCAGUUUCAGUCACCCAAUUAAUUACCAACGUCUCUAUUAACCCCCAACAUCUCUUUUUCAUAUAUUUCUCUAUAAAUACCUCAUGUUUCUUCACUUCAACCUAAUCUCUUCCAAUUUCUUCUCUCAUUCUCAUCAAAGAUCAAUUAUAUCUUCUUCCCAACAAAUUAAAACCUCUCUUACUCUCAAAUUUCUGAUCAUGUCAUCAAGUUGACAAUCAUACUCCCAUUGUAUGUCAUCAGCUUCCCUUUCCCUCUCAUCAGCAUCCCUUUGCCUCUCAUAAGCUUCUCUAUCAGGGGAAUCCAUGAGGGAAAAAGAGUUUUGAGUGGCAAGAGAGAAGAAUGAAGGUUGAAUAUGUUUUUCAAGAGAGAAGGCUGAUAGAUGGAUGAGUAGAAUGACCAAGUUCCGAGGGUCAUUUAUAUAAGCACGAAAUGAUUCCUUCAACAAUAGCGGUCAAAGUUAUCUUCCAGAUGAUGACACAACUCUACAUGAUUAAAGUUCAAUGAACAGUUGAUGGCACAACUCAUUAUGAUUAAAGUUGAAUGAACAGUUGAUGACACAACUCAUUUUGAUUAAAGUUGAAUGAACAGUUGAUGACACAACUCAUUCUUAUUAAAGCUGAAUGAACAGUUGAUGGCACAACUCAUUCUGACGAAAGUGAAAGCACUGUUGAUGGCACAACUCAUUCUGACAAACAUGUGAAGUGUCUAUGACCGAUUUAAACAAAAUAUUGUGAUUUUGUCAUUAAUGAAAUCAUAUUUAACAAUAAAAUUUUAUGUCAAAAUUUAACAAAAUUUUAUUGAAACG